AUGCGUCGGCGUUGCCUGCUGGUGGACACUAUCCGGUUGCCGGACUUUGCCGACAUGGAAGCGGUCCUGCUGCGGUGUCCAAAGUUUUAUGCAAAGGAGAACCUGGUGACUGUCUUUCCAGAGGCAGAGCGGCGCGUGCGGUUCAUUCAAGCAGCGCAGGGAGACGGGGACUCAUCGGAGGCAAAUUACUAUCUCCUCUACACCUUUCAGUCGUCCGACUUUGUGCCUGGUGAGGAACCCGCUGGCUUGCACAGUGGCAAGUCGCAGAACCUGACAAGCGAGGAUGAUGGCGCGGCAACUGUACAGACGUCGGCAGCGCCGUCGCCGGUGUGCUUGCCGUUGAAGAAGGAGGACGGCCUCUCGGAGCUCAUCCACUACUCCCCUGCCUCAGUGGAGUGGAAGGAUCGCAGCCGCGAGCGCUUUUUCCGAUUCAUGGCCGCCGCGCUGGCGCGUUUGGAGAGGCACCUUGGCAGCGCCAACAAAUCGUCUUCACGUUUUUUCAUGGACUGGCCCGACCCGGCGACGGGGCUGCCUCUCUGCACAGAGCGCGGCGCCACGAUCUUCUGCGACGCCGACGCGAUUCUGCAGUUCUUCUCCUUCAAUAGCGUUCUCAUUGCUGGUCCUGGUGGGGGUUGCCGCAUGAUUGAGCAUCCGCGAUUUGGCCUCAACGUGUACCCGGCAGCCGGCGUUCUCGUCUUGCCACGAGACGCUGAAGAGACGCUGUGCGAGACGAUCCAAAGCUUUGCGGCGUGA